UGUACCAUGUCUAAGAUAUUAACCUCUUAAUUACAAAACAGUGUUACUGAAGAAAAAAUGGCGGUGGCAGAGUUCAGAGUGUGUGUAUAUAAUAAGAACACGAAGACGUGGAAAGAGAAAGGCUCUCUCUCUCUCUUUCUUUCUUUAUAGGCCAUGGAUGCACUAGAGUUGAGCAACAUGAAAGUAGGGAAAAGCAGCAUUGUUAACAGCAUUACCAAGACACUUCGCAUUUUCGAACUAUGCGCCGCUCUCUUCUUCCUUACGUGGUUCCUCGCGCGUCUCCCUUUAGCUCUGCGACUCUCCGCCGACUAUCUCCGCAGUCCUCUCUUCGUCUUCGCCGUUUCCAACGCCAUCAUCGCCGCCCUCCUCACCCAGUCCCGCCGAUUCACCCAAUCCCAUUCUGAUGAGACGGUUGUGGAAGAGGCAGAGCACCGGCAGAUCAGUGACACGUGUAAGGAAGGCGAUUCGGACGCCGCAGCAGAUAAUCUUGAUAGAAGAAAAGUUUAUUGCUGGCACCUGUCGGAGGGAGAGGGUGAGGAUGGGAAUAAGACGGCGGGACUAGAAGUCCGGCAAUCGGAGACGGAGAAGGCGCGGGAAAAAUCGUAUCCGCAGGAUAAACUGAGCAACGAGGAGUUCCGGCGCACUAUUGAGGCGUUUAUUGCAAAGCAAAUGAGGUUACUGAGGGAAGAGUCGUUGGCCAUUUCGCUUUGUAAUUAACAAGCAACGCUAAUAAACGUAAAAUCAAUCACUAAACAAACGAAUGAAAUCAAGUGCUAUUAAUUUCUUUCUUUUCUUCCCUUCCACACUCUCUAUUGCUUCUUAUAUGUAAAAAUAAAUUAAACAAGAAGAUUGAUAGUUUUAUUGUGCUAGAGCACGUAUAGAUUGGGACUUGUUCUAUAGUACGUAUAAUUAAACAAUAGUUUUGCCAGAGAUCUGAACUUUUCAUGUAUAAUACCAUGGAAUAAAAUAUUAGAGGAACGUCUUAAAAAGCGAUGAUAUUUCAUUAGUAAAAUGUGUAUAUUAUUGCGUUUAAUUGUUUAAAAUUGAGUUACAAAGAGAAAUUAA